AUGACCUUUUCCAUCCAGCUAAAUGGCUGGCCGGUUUGUCCCAAAGCCAUUGCCUGGGAAGCUGAAGACAUUGCAAUCGCUGCCGGUGAGAUUGUGCACAUUUUGACGCCCCGUGAUGCGUCUAUGAGCCGCCCAGCGAACAUCCCCAGUCAACAAUGGCACAAGUAUACUAUGCGCAUCAAUCAGUUCACCCUCUCAGAGUGGCCUCAACUCAGUCCCACGACCAUUGCCGACCUCUCGAUUGGCGAGGAGCAAUCUGAUUCUGUUGGGAUUGCUGUGUCAUGGUCUCCUCCGGGUUUGGGCCGUUAUACUCGAAACGUCCUCUCUGUUCUGACUUCCAACUUGCUCCUCUCGCUUUGGGAGACCAAUGGAGAUCCCGGCGUAUGGCAGAGAACAUGUGUGGUUAACAAUCUAAUCAAGCCCGCCUCGAUCACUUCAGACACACAGUUUAGGCGCGCAACAAGAAUACGCAGCUUUGCCUGGUUACCCAAACUUACUCAAAUCGAAGGAACCAAAUCAGGAACUCACCUAUUGAUCCUCGCUGACGAUGCCCAGAAUCUCCACGUCUGUCGAGUCCGGAAGACACAGAAUAUGGAUUAUGGUAACUGGGUCAUCGACCCCAUUGCAGCUCAUGCGCUCACCUCUCCUCUUCCUGUUGAACCUGGCUCGUUCCUGCGACAAGUACUCGAAACCUCCUCACCCGUUUCCGACAUUGAGACGACGGCUUGGACCUUUGAAUCUCACCGUGAUGAUGUGCCUGUCACUGCUGAACUCCAGGUCAAGGUGAGCUUCGGUCAGGUAAAACGUGCGCAAUACUUUUCGGUCCGAGUAUCGAGAGUUGGGCCAUUCUCGACAGACUUUUCAACCCCCGCUGAGAUAGCAGUUGAUAUCACACAAUUGGACAAGCUACACAAUGGACAUAUGCUUCUUCAGCAACCCCAGUCAUCCUUCUUUGAUGAGGCAAUCAUUGGGCCAAAGUCAGAGUUUGACCAAAAAUGGAAACUCGGGGGCCAAGUUCGCGUGCGUAGCUGGGGCACAGCUUAUUCUCAUGAUCAUACCCAAGCUGCUGCAUGUGUGACAUUUCAUCCAUCCAGGAUGCUCCAAUCUACGACAGCAAAUCAUCAGCAUACAUGGGUCUUUGUCGCCAACCUGACUCCUCAAAGACAAAAACCUUUGAUGGAAUCUCGCGUCAAUGUCAUCCACCGCAUUUUAUUGUUCUUGGCUGGCAUAUCACCAGCAAUGAUCAAGAGUGAUCUAGACAGGAAGGUUGCCCGCAACGCCAUCUCUUUGAUCAGAAUGUACUCGAACGAAUUCACAAGCCUUGAACCCUGGGCUGCAGCGAUCUCAAGCACAAUUACAGGGACUACCGUUGAUCAAACCAACGCAGAGGCAGGCCAAUUGCCAACCAAUGGACAUCAAACGCACUCGACGGAUCCGGAAAUGCACCUGACAAGUCUAAGCGAGGAAAUUUGCGAGGUUUGCAACUCAUCUAUUCCCUUUGAUACCUCAGCUCGAUGUGCCAAGGGACAUGUCUUUACUCGUUGCAGCCUCACCUUUCUCGCAAUCCAGGAGCCUGGGAUUUGCAUGUCUUGUGCCCAAUGCGGAAAACAGUUCCUCGAUCCCGGCAAGCUGGAUAUGUCGGAUGGUCUAUGCUUAAGUCGGAUGCUGUUUAGUGAGUUCGAUGUUUGUCCAUACUGUCAAGGCAAAUAUCGAGGGUGAGACACCAUCGCCCAGAAUUCAUCUCCUUUCAGAACUCGGCCAGUCUGACAAGAAAUAAGCCACUUGUCAUCGCAUCGAAGCACGUCUAGAUCGUCACAAUCUCAACAUAUAACCUCGUCAGACAC